AUGGAAACUACUGGUGCUUAUGGCGGUGGAAAAGCCGGAGGAGCUUUUGACCCUCAAGCCUUCAUCCAAAAACCUCCAGUAAUCGUCAGGGCUGUUUGCUGGCUCUUCAGUGUAAUUGUGAUGGGUUGCAUAUCGGCUAAAGGGUGGUACACCAACAAGGAAGAUGGCAAAGAAUACUGUGUCUACAAUAAUGAUACUAAUGCAUGCAACUAUGGUGUGGGGAUCUCGGUGAUUGCUUUUGUGGCAUCAAUUGCCUUCAUAAUUGGAGAAUAUCUAUUUGAGCAGAUGUCGUCUGUGAAAACAAGAAAGCAUUAUGUGCUUGCUGAUAUGGGUUUCUCAGCUUUCUGGGGAUUCCUGUACUUCGUAGGAUUCUGCUACCUUUCGAAUGCAUGGGGCAAGACCGACAACCCACCAGUGGGUACCGCUAACAAUAUGCAAGGCGCUAUAGCUUUCUGUUUCUUCUCCAUAUUCGCCUGGAUCGCGUGCGCGCUGUUCGCGCUGCAGCGGUUCCGGCUGGGCGCGGACGCGGCGUUCGCGCCCGCCUACGAGGUGGAGGGCGCGGCGCCCAGCCCGCCCGGCUUCCCCGCCUACCCCGGCGCGCCCGACUCGCAGCCCGCCUACAGCGACCCGCCCUUCUCGCACACCGGUAACAUCGACUACUCAGCUCCGACCUACUAA